UAAAGAGACAAAUAAUAAGCAGAGUGAAAAGCAAACGUGUCUGUGUUUGAGGGGAUCGAGUUUCUAGGUUUCCCAAAAUGGUUGAUAACAUCAACAAUAAAUUAGGGUCAAUUAACUCAACUGAGGAAGGAGGGAUUAAGGAGCAAGAUAGGUUAUUGCCAAUAGCUAAUGUGGGGAGACUUAUGAAGCAAAUUCUUCCUCAAAACGCCAAGAUUUCCAAAGAGGGAAAAGAAACAAUGCAAGAAUGUGUAUGUCAGUUCAUUAGCUUUGUUACUGGAGAAGCAUCGGAUAGAUGUCACAAGGAGAAGCGCAAGACAUUGAAUGGAAAUGAUAUUUGUUGGGCUAUGGGAAGUUUUGGAUUUGAUGAUUAUGUUGUGCCUUUAAAGAUAUAUUUGCAUAGGUUUAGAGAAUUAGAAGCAGAAAAAGCUAAUCAAAAGAAGGCUACUGUUGGCAAGAACAUUGAAGAAAGUCAGAACAAUGAACAUCGAAAUUUCCAGGGAAGUUUUUAUGGUCCUUAAGAUUUGUCAAAUGACAAUAAUUUUCUAGCUCGGAACUUGAUUAAGCUUGGAUUUUCUCAACUCCUAAUCUUUAUUCUUAGAAAAAGUUUUUACUUGUAAUAAGAAUUAUUCUAGAUUUAUAGUAUGUAAAAAUAUUCUCUGUUAGUGAUUAUUGUAUUUUUAUGGUUGUGGAUAUUGUUUUGAACAAGUAAUAACCUUCUGAUUCAUGUACGUUGGUUUCACACUUGGC